AUGAAAAAAGACGAAAAACAAAAUGUGACAAACGAAACUGAUAAAUUAUUCAUUCCCAAAGUAAAAAACAAAGAGCUGAAGUUACACCUCCUUUACCUCUCCCUAAUAUUCGUAUCCUUCGUUGUGGUGAUUACGAUAUAUGUUUAUCUCAUUCCGGGCCUAAACAUAGAAAGCAAGCAAAAACUGAAAACGCUGAUUCCAAAAAAUUUUAAAGAUCUCAUAAAAUUGAACAGCAAAGGGAAAAUUAAAAUUUUAUAUGACUCUUUAAUUUCCUACAAAAAUGAACAUAGCCUUAUAUUGCUCAUAUUGCUCUCCUUAAUAUAUAUUCUUUAUCAAGCCUUUCCUUUAUUUUUAUGGUGGAUGACAGGGACGGGUAGUAUCAUAACUAUACUAAUUGGGGCGUUUUACAAUUAUGCUUUUUCCAUAUUUUAUUGUUCCUUACUAUCCACAAUUUCUCCUCUAGUAACGUAUUUUAUUUUUAAGAAUUAUGGGCGCACAGUAAUAGAAUAUUUUUUUAGGAAGCCACUUAUUAAGUUUGAUGAACAGAUAAAGAAGAGAGUUAAAAGUAAACUUGAUUUGUUUUUCUACAUUUCCAUUUUAAGGUUAACUCCUGUGUUUCCAAAUGCGUUGAUAAACAUUUUGGUAGCGUCUCUCUCCCUUCCUGCCAUCCCCUUUUCGUUGGCCACGUAUAUAGGGCUCAUGCCCAACACCAUUAUCCUGGUUUCCGUGGGGCAGACCAUCAGCAUGCUCUCCUCCAUUGAUGUGAAGCAGACGUUUUACAUCCCCAUAACGUUUAUCGCCCUGCUGUUGCUAUUCCAGACGAUCAUGAAGUACAAGUAUAAGGAGAUUGGGCUAUAG